AUGCCAACAGAAAGCAUAAUUGUCCCUAUUCCUAAACCAGAAAAAUCCACAAUAAACAAAGAACCCCAAAAAAAUGAUGACAACAAGCAACCGAGCGUGCGUGUAAUUAAGACAAAAAAAGAAACCCAAUUGUUAACUGAUGGAAAAAAAGUUGAUUUAGAAAAAUUUUUAGCAGAAAAAGGGGCAAAUGAUGAAACAAAAGUUAGAAUAUUAUUAAUCAACAGUCUAAUUUCUCAACUUUUCCCCAACUACCCAAAUUUAAUAAAAAUCGCGACAGAAGGUUUUGAAAAGCAAGUUAAUAUUAAAACCGAACAAGAUUAUCAAGAAAAUUACAAGUUGGUAGAAGAUUAUUUGAAAGAAAUCAAGGAGAAAAAAGUAAAUGAUAUGGAUACGGGACAAGAAAGCAUGAUUGUUUGCGGAGACUGCUACGAGGAAAAAAGGAUGGCCGAAGAAGAAUUAGAAGAAUGA